AUGUUGGUGGCCGUGGAGGUGGGCAUCCUCACGGGUGGCAAGACCUUCAUCAAGAUCAACGAGGCCGAGCAGGGCCUCUUCUUCUCCGCCGAGUGCUACUUCAUUCUCGAGACCUACAAGCCGCGUCCCGCUCCUCAAGGCGAAGGAGACAAGCCCAAGUGGCGCGUCUACUUCUGGGAGGGCAAGGACGCGUCGUCGCUGCGGUUCCCGAUGUUCGUGCUGGGCCUCCAGCCGCUGCUCGAGGAGAAGAUCCUGCGGAGCGGCAGCCCCAAGCCCGAAGUCGAGCGGAUCUACCAGGGCAAGGAGCCCCUCGCCUUCAUGAAGAUCUUCGAGCGCAUGAUCUCCAUCUCCAAGGGCCUGCGCAAGGAUUCACUGGCGCGAGCGCAGGAGGAGCGGCUGAAGGGCAAGGUGCUGAUGUACCACUGCCUCCACACGGCCGCGGACGACACUAUGCGCAUGGUCGAGGUGCCCGCCGUCGAGUCGUCGCUCGACUCGCGCCACUCCUUCCUCGUCCACUCCUUCCAGCCCAAGUCCAACGCCACCCCCGAUCCCAACGGUAUGCCGGAGCUGGAGAAGAAGCUGUUCGUGUGGCACGGCGCGCACUCGCCCAAGACCACGCGCGACGCGCUUAUGGAGUACGUCAACGUGCUGGGCCACGCCGAAGAGGAGACCGAGAACAAGGAGCUCGAGAUCAUCGUCGCCGAGGAGAAGGGCGAAGACGCCGACUUCUGGAUGACCCUCGGCUGCGACGACGUCCCGCUCCACCGCCAGACCACCGCCGCCACCGCCGCCGGCGGUGCUGACGUCAGCGGCGCGGGCGCGGGUCAGCCAUCGGCGGCGCGCCUGUGUCGGUUCUACUUUGAGGGCGGCGGCCAGUUCAAGGCGGCCGAGGUGGUGGACUACGGGCAGAAGGACCUGGCCUCGGGCGCCGUCUACCUGCUCGACAGCGGGUGCGCCGACGACCCGCAGCCGCUCCACCUGUGGAUGGGCAACGACAUCGGCGAGACCCUGCGCGUCGGCGCCCGCCACGUCGCGGCCCAGUACGCCAGCUUCCUGCUAUCGCGCGCGAGCCUCCAGCGACGCAGCCAGCAGCCGGCGGGCGGCGCCCAGCUGCCGCCGCUGAAGAAGCGCGAGGUGGUCGAGGUGGUGGAGGGCCAGGAGCCGCCCGAGUUCACGGCCCACUUCAAGGACUGGACGCGCGCGGUGUUCGUCGACCCGUACGAGGUUCGCAUGCGCGAGCGGGCCGAGCGCGAGCGGCGCGAAGUCCUGGCGCGGCUGGAGAAGGCCAAACGGGAGCGCGAGCGCGAGGAGCGCAGAGCCCGCGGCGAGGCUGUUAGCGAAGAAGAGGAGGCAGAGGCGCACGAUGGAGAGGACGAGGCCGGCCAACAAAUCGACUAG